UGGAAAAGUGCUAUGGCUGUUUUACACGACUUUGACAGAUCAAAUACAAGUAGAAAAACAUUGAAUGGAAGUACGGUAUCUUUGUCUCAUGCAGGUAAUUAUAGCGACACAAUGUCGACAGACAGUGAAGACAUGGACAUUCAACAAGAACUCAAAAACAUAAAAAAUGUAAUUAGUUUGACCCGUGCUAAUAUUGAUGCCCUAAAUGCCAAGUUUGCCGACUUUCAACAUCCUCCUGCUAUGUAUUUAAAAGAAUAUGAAGAUCUAACAUCAAAAUUACAUGAAUUAGAAGCUGAGGAAAGGAGGUUAAUGGAGCAACUCAGUAAUGGUAGAGAAAGCCCUGAAGAUUUAAGUGAACAUUACUAUCCUGCACACUAUGAAACUAGUAAACCAUUAUAUGACACGUUAACAAGGCCUAAGUUUUUGAGAGCUCACUUGCCUAACCAGCAACGAACCAGCGUUCAAGUACGUGAAGGUCUCACGUUACGGGAAGCCUUAGCUAAAGCAAUGAAAUUAAGAAAUCUUGUGUGUGAGAUGUGCUGUGUUUAUCUUGGAGACUCAAAGAUCCCAGUGAAUUGGGAUGUGGAUAUUAGUACAUUGAACUGUGAAGAAAUUACUGUUAAAAUAUUAGAUAAAUUUCCUAUUCCAACAAGUAUUUCCCACAAUUUUGUGCGUAAGACAUUUUUCUCUUUAGUGUUUUGUGAAUGUUGCCGGAGACUUUUGUUUCAAGGAUUUUAUUGUCGGACUUGUGGAUACAAAUUUCAUCAAAGAUGUGCUGCAGGAGUCCCAUCAUUAUGUCACCAAGUGAGAAUGGCUGAUGCCUAUUAUCGAGCUCUCUUGGCCAGGCCACCUGAUUCCAGUGCUGGAAUACUCCAUGCAGGACAAGCAGAACUAGGACUGCCUCACAGGCAGUCCAGGCAUCCUGGCACUCUGGGCCAUCAUGACAGAUCAAGCUCAGCUCCAAAUGUUUGCUUAAAUAAUGUCAAAGGUUCUGGAGAUGACUGUCCUAGGUCUUUAUCACUAAAUAGGGGAGUAGACGGCGAUUGUUCUCCACAUUGCAGAAGCACACAAGCCUCUCCCACAGGAUCUUUACAACCUCGAAGACCAAGGGCUCGGUCUGCGGACGAAAGUAAACCGCUAUUAGCUCCUAGAGAGAGUAUAGAGGAUUGGGAGAUACCUGCCGAUGAAAUUUUAGUUGGGGCCAGGGUAGGAUCUGGAUCAUUCGGAACAGUCUACAAAGCCCACUGGCAUGGCCCCGUAGCCGUAAAAACAUUGAACGUUAAAAUACCAACGGUUGCACAACUUCAAGCUUUCAAAAAUGAAGUAGCAGUUCUACGCAAGACUAGACACGUUAACAUUCUCUUAUUCAUGGGAUGCGUCAGCAAGCCGCAACUGGCGAUCGUAACGCAAUGGUGCGAGAGUUCCAGCCUUUACAAGCACUUGCAUGUCCUCGAAACUAAGUUUCAACUGUUUACGCUUAUCGAGAUUGGUCGGCAGACUGCGCAAGGUAUGGACUAUUUGCACGCUAAGAAUAUAAUCCAUCGCGACUUGAAAUCCAACAAUAUUUUCCUACACGAUGACCUUACUGUAAAAAUAGGUGAUUUUGGUCUGGCUACUGCGAAGACGAGGUGGUCGGGAUCCCAGCAGUUCCAUCAGCCGACAGGUUCGAUCCUGUGGAUGGCUCCUGAAGUUAUCAGAAUGCAGGAGGACAAUCCGUACAGUUUCCAGUCAGACGUAUACGCUUUCGGGAUAGUUAUGUUUGAAAUGUUAGCGGGACAGUUGCCUUAUUCUCACGUUAAUAAUAAGGAUCAAAUUUUAUUUAUGGUCGGAAGAGGUUAUCUGAAGCCGGACUUGACAAAGCUGAGGUCGGACACACCGAAGGCUUUGAGGCGAUUAACUGAAGACUGCAUAAAGUUUAAUAGGGACGAAAGGCCAUUAUUCAGACAAAUCCAUGCAUCACUAGAAGGCUUCUUGAGGAAUCAUCCGAAAAUCAGUAGAUCCGCUUCAGAGCCCAACAUGAAUCGAACACAAUUACAAUCUGACGAUUUUAUUUAUACUUGUUCAAGUCCUAAAACUCCAGUCAAUUUUGGACCAAGCAAUUUUCUGUUUUAUUCUUCUGGCACUGGUAAUAUUUAAGUGCCUGUUAGGUUCGGUAAGCACAACAGAUCUCAAAAUGUCAAUAUUUUAAUAUUUUAACAGUUAGAUCUAAAAUAGUUUACUCUGUUGUAGGUUUGAAUUUCUCUUUUGUAUUCCGAGAACGAUUUUGUUAUUUAUGAUUAUAUAAAUUGAUAACAAUAAAUAAAAAAAUCCUCCUAUUUAUUAUUAUUAGAUUUACAUGAUUAUACUACAUAUUGACUGGUUGUGAUUGUGUGUAUGCAUUUGACUAGAGACUGCAUAAGUCUUCUUUUAAGUUAUUGACUAAUGUAUAUUUAAAUUAUGCAAAUAUUGUUUUGUUUUUACAAUAAAUAAAUAAAAAUUA